UAGUUAGAAGAUACGACAAGAAUUGAAAGAAGAGAAGAGAAAUGCUCCUAUAAAAGUGAAAUUGAACCCCAUUAUAUAUUAAUACACCACAUCACCUUAUUCUUUCAUUUCUUCCACUAAAACUCCCUCAUGAUGCUUAAACCCCACCGCCACCUCUACCACCUCCUCUCCCUCCUAUUUCUAUUCCUUGACCUCCCAUUCUCCCUCUCCACCACCGCCCCCGCCGACAUCGGCGCGUUAAAAUCAUUAAAAUCCUCCAUCACCCCCUCAACAAUCCCUCCCUCCUCCUGCCUCUCAAGCUGGGACUUCUCCUCCGACCCAUGCUCCAAACCCAUAACAACCCACUUCAUUUGCGGACUCUCCUGCUCAUCCAAUCGAGUCACCUCAAUCACACUCGACUCAGUCGGCUACUCAGGCACACUCACACCACUCAUCUCGCAACUCACCCAACUCAUCAUCCUUGACCUCGGUCAAAACUCAUUCCAUGGCUCAAUCCCACCUUCUCUCUCCUCCCUCUCUCUCCUCCAACAGCUCACUCUUAGAUCAAAUUCCUUUUCUGGCCCUCUUCCUUCUUCUAUCUCAUCCCUUAAAUCUCUUCAAGAGCUUGACCUUUCUGCUAAUUUCCUCACUGGUCCCCUCCCUAACACUCUCCCUUUUCUCUCUCAUUUGACCAGGCUUGACCUUAGCUUCAACAAAUUCUCCGGUAAUCUCCCCAAAUUACCCCCUAAUCUCAUCGAACUUGCAAUUAAAUCAAACUCGCUUUCCGGGUCAAUCUCAAAAUCUUCCUUCUCCGAGUUGACUCAGCUUGAAACGGUCGAACUCAGUGUUAACUUGUUCACCGGAGUUUUACAAUCAUGGUUCUUUCAACUUCCGGGUUUACAACAAAUCAACCUCUCGAACAACAGUUUUACACGUGUCGAGAUCUGGAAGCCCGGGAAAUACAACUCAUUAGUAGCCGUUGAUUUGGGGUUUAACAAAAUCGAAGGGUAUUUUCCUGUGAAUUUGACUGAAUACCCUGUAUUAGCCUCACUUUCGUUACGGUACAACCGCUUACGUGGACCAAUCCCAUUGGAGCUGGGCAAAAAGGGUAAUUUGAAGAGAUUAUUUCUUGAUGGAAAUUAUUUGACGGGGAUUCCGCCGGCGGGAUUCUUUUCCGGUACCGGAGAAGAAUCUCCGGUGGCCGGAAGUUUGGGGGAUAAUUGUCUGCGGGGGUGUCCACCGAAGUCGCAGCUAUGCCUGCCUUUGCAAAAACCGAUGUCAGUGUGUAAGCAAGUUUACGGCGGUAAAAGACAUGGCAAAAAUUGAAUAGUCAAUUUUGUCGGGAAAAUUAAUUAAUUAAUUUUUUGUUAUUAUUGUUUUGAAAAAUGUUGUUUGAAUAAAUGACUUUCUACUUGCUGAGGUGGCGCGUGAAUUACUCACUGACAGGGAAAUGUGAUUUUGGCCAUUGAUGAGGUGAGGAGGGAGAUUGUGUGUUUUUUAAGCUUACGUGGACGGUUGAGAUUUGUGGUGCUUUGGGACUGUUAUAAACUAAUUUGCAUGCGCGUGUAGAUUAUUUCAUUUCACUUUUUUUUUUUUUUUUUUUUUUUUUUUUUUGUAUGAGAGGAAGCUUUUUGUGUAGUGUAGUACUUUGAUACUUUGUAAAAGUGUACAAUAAUUUGUAUAUUAGGAUUAUUCCAAUAAUCAAAUCUAUAGUAUUUUCUUCAUUAAGAAGUUUGGCAAUUAUCAUCUUAAAAACUUAAAAUCACAAAAAUACUAGUAAAACAAAUUGUGCAAUGGCAAAAACAAGUUUCCAAAAUACCACUUCCCCUUUCAUUCUCUCUCUAUCUUAUCACCGCUUUCCCUCUUUCGGGCUCUGCUUGUUGGUGACUGGCGCAGGCUUUGCCUAGCCAUCGCUGGCGAGUCCCAUCCAUCCGUUACUCUCUUUUUUUUCCAUUUAAUUUUCGUUUUUUUGUCUAUUGGUGAGGUGAACAACGAAUUUGCAAAGCCUCUUUCUUCGUCCUUUUCGGUGGUUUCAUCAAUUCGGUGUAUCGUUGGGUGUUUUUUGGCUUAAUGAAUCAAGAACCAAAGGCUAUUCUUAACGCCGCCGUCGAAAGAAAGUCCGUUAAUUGAUUUCUCGACGGUUAAGGUGAAGUUAAGGCUAGGGUUUCCUCGCGUUUCCAAGGUUAGGUUCAGUGAGGGGUUCUUAUUGAGUUACCCUUGACGAUUGUUCUUGGUGUUAGGAUUGGAUUCUGCUAAUGAGAUUUUUCCGGCUUCUCAUUGUAUUUCCUGUUACCUCACGUUAUAAUUAGUUUGUGUGCUUGUUUUUUUUUUUAAAAAAAAAUUGUUGUUCUUGGUUUGCCUUAGUUUAGUCAUGUUGUUAUUGUAUAAGUUGCUUGUUUUGUUGAUUUGGUUUUUGUUUUUAAAUAAUUCUCUUUCUCUGUUUGAUCAUGAGUCAGAUUCCCAUAGAUUUGUUCUAAUUUGGGAAGUUAUCGGAGUGUUGUCGUUGUCUUUGGAGCCUUGUUGGUCGGUUUUAAGAGUUGUAAGGUUAAGCAAUCCGAUCCAUUGUUGGUUGGGUUGGUGGUCCUUUUGGUAGCCUUGUCGGGGUAUGGAUAUAUUCCCCUGAUAGUUCACUUAGUUUUACAGGGGGUGGAAUUAUUUGCGCAGGUGGAUGAUUUUCCCUACAUUUGGAGUUUGCAGGAGGAGAGUGGUUUUGAGGGAGGAGUUUGGUAUGCUGCUCUUGUCGCUUGGUUAUGGGAUGAUAUGGGCAUUCAUACAAUUGCUAUCAUCCCUUUGUUAGUCUUGGUGAUGACAAAGUCAGUCAUUGAUGUUAAUCAAAAUCUUGAAGAAGGCUCCCCAGCUAUUUUUAGUGUUUCGGGUAAGCAAAAUCUUCCAUUUUCUCGCAUUUUCUCUUGGUAGAAUUGCAAGAAGAGAACCUGCAUUUGGAUGCACGGUUUCUCAUUGUAGAGUCGUUAAAGCAUACAACUCUAUUGGUCUUGUUCCCAAACUCCUAGGAUGCAACUAUGCUUUUCAACCCCUAUGAGUGGAACGAAUGGUGUCAAAGGUUCGUUCUUCAGCAACAGGGUGCAUUCAAUUUCCGGUUUCUCCAUCUUCCAACAACUUCCAUCAUGAGUUUUCUUCGGUGUCAGUGCCAGUUUUGGGUUUCUUUAAUGAUUAUGUCCUGCGCUCUUGGUCCGUCUCGACUAUUUCAGUUCAUUUGGCUUCUCUUGGUCCUCAAUGUGGAUGUGGUACGAUCCUCUUGGUUAUCCAGGCUCCGCAGCUAUUGGUAUGCUGCAAGACUUUUUAAGUAUUUUAUUCUCUUCGUUCUUCCUAUAAUAGUUAGUAGCAAGUCCUAUGUAUAUGAGGGUUUGCUUAGGUGUAUUGUUUAGCUCUCUUAGGUUGUAAUUCUGCUUUUAUUUAUAUAGUUCUCUUUGUUUAAAAAAAAAAAAAAAAGAAAAAAAAGAAAAAAAAAGUGCAAUGACAAAAUUUAUGAGAUCUAUAUUACAAGGGCAGUGUAUGUGUAUGUGUAAGCAAUGCUUUACUAAAUUUGAUAUUUGUGACCAAA